CUCAGUACUGCCAUUUUGGGUGCAAUGGAUAGUGCUGUUCCAUCACAUCUGCCUACCCCUGUGUGUGACGUGUCCACACCCGUUCCACAUGGCAAGCAGGCACCAGUUGUGAAACGACGGCAGACAGCUGUGGCCUCAAAGAGGAGACCUGAUAGGCAGCAGGUAGCGGCAAAGCCAAGAGUUGCGGCUUUGUCCACCGAGGCUUCAGCGACCAGUCCUACACGCGGGGCUGUGGUGGAGGAGGUAGAGGCAGCAUCGAGCGUUGUGGAGGUGUCUUCCCAGGCUUCACCUACCAGCCCUGUGCUGCCCGCUGGUCCUGCCCGUCCUAUCCUGUGUGCCGGUGCUGCCCCACCAGCCAGAGCUGCGAGGGAGGAGGCGGAGGCGACCCUGACCCUGGGUGCCGUGGAGGUGACUUCCGAGCCAUCACCUACCAGUCCUGUGCCAGUGGCUGUGGGGGAGGAGAAGAGCCUACAGAUGCAGCGCACACCACUAUCUACCAAAGGUCAGACCGUUGCUAAUCCUCUUCCUUGCAGGUGUUCGGAAAAGUUGCCGCCAUCCAUUGUUGCUGGAACUGAUGUUAGAGUGGCACAGUUGACUCAUGACGUGAAUUCUUUGACAGCAUGUAGUGUUGUGGCUGCCAUCAAACAUGCCAUUGCUCCUGUGUGUACAUGGCGAGCGUCAGAUGUUGAUGAGGUAGGUGUAGAAGGGAGCAAGUUGGCCGUGUAUGUAGCUCAGGAAGCUAAGAAAAUUGAUGCUAAACAAAAGCAGUUGUGUAAGUUGAUUGAACAGCACAGUGUUUUUGGCAGGAACUGGAAAGUAGCUUUUGGUAAGACAGUUUACAGAAGAAGUUGAAAAAAAAAAAAAAAAAUUUCAAUACUCAUCUGUGUGAAAGAGUGAACAUCCAACGUCAGAGUUAAUUACUAACGAGCAGAACCUUACGGCCUGUUUGUCAUCUACUCGCUUUCAAAUGUCCGCCACGGACAUUUAUACAAUGUCACGGAUAAACAUGGGUAAAUGCAU